ACGGCGGCGCCGCGGCCGCAAGAUGUCGGAGCUGAGCUCCGAGGAGGAGGCUGAGGAGACCGAGUCCGAGGAGGCCGAGACCGAGACCGAGGACACCGAGGACACCGAGGCCGAGGAGACCGAGGCCGAUUUGGGGGAGUAUGAUGGUGAGCGCAAUUCAGCAGGUGAACGACAUGGACGCGGGAAAGCACAGCUACCCAAUGGUGAUACGUACGAUGGUGAAUAUGAACACAGUUUGAGAAAUGGACAGGGGACCUACAGGUUUAAAAAUGGUGCUUACUACAUUGGACAGUAUCUUCAAAACAAAAAGCAUGGCCAUGGUGUUUUCUUUUAUCCAGAUGGAUCAAAAUAUGAAGGAAGCUGGGUGAAUGACCAGAGACAUGGCUAUGGAGAAUAUACCUAUGCAAAUGGAGACACCUACGCUGGAGAAUGGUUUAAUCACAAUAGGAGUGGGCAAGGUACAUAUGUGUAUAAAGACACUGGAUCUAAGUAUGUUGGUGGUUGGGUAAAUGGAAACCAGGAAGGAGAAGCUGAACUUAUUCACCUAAACCACAGAUUUAGGGGCAAGUUUUUGAAUGGAAAUCCUGUAGGUCGUGGAAAAUAUGUCUUUGAUAUUGGAUGUGAACAGCAUGGUGAAUACAUUCAGUCAGCAGAGGAUAAAGAGGAGGAAGAAGAAGAGGAGCCCUCAUUACUUGCUGCACCAAAAUGGAAAGCAACAGAAAUUACUAAAUUAACACUCUGGACACCCAUUGUGAAAAAAGCACCUUCUCCCAGUGAAGCCUCCCCAGCAGCAGCAGAGGCAGCAGCAGCAGCAGCAGGUGAAGCAGUGGAAGAAACGGGAGGAGCAGUAGAUGGAGAGGAGACAAUGCCAACAAAUGCAGUCACUGAUGAGACUGCUGACGGUAGGGAUGAUGAGCCUUCUCCUCAUGAAGUAUCCAGUGAAGUUUUCAGCCCUGAAAAGCAUGCAGAGGAGGAAGAUGAGGGAAGCAGAGGGGAAGAAGAAAACAAACACGCUCAGGAGGACCAAGGAACUGCUAGUUUAGAGGAUAAGGAGGAUGAAUCAAAGGAAGCCGAGUAACUGGAUACAACCAACAACAAAGACAGGCAAAAAAAAAAUCAGAGUAAAUCAUUUGUUAUGGUAAAUCUGAAAUAUUUUUAUUCAU